AUGGAGACGUGGUGGUGGAGUGAACCAGUACGCACAGCCCUUAGAAGAAAGAAAGAGGCGUUUAAAACAUGGCAAUCCACCAAGACAAAUGAAGAUAGGCAGCAGUAUAAACAGAGUAAGAAAGAGGCCCGACAAGUGAUCGCAGUUGAAAGAUCCAAAGCUACAAAAGAACUGUAUGCAUCCUUAGAAAAGAAAGACGGUCAUAAGCUCAUAUACAAGCUAGCUAAAUUGCGAAACCAGGCUACCAAAGAUUUUGUGAAGAAUAAAAUACUUAAGGGACCAGACGGAAAUCUAGUGUACAAUAGCAAGGAUAUCCUGAAAACAUGGCACCAGUAUUAUGAUGCAUUUUACUUUAUUUUUAAAAGUAAGAUUCGUUAUUCGUAUUUUCUCUUGCAGACCGCCGUUGUUGGGUCAAGAGUAACAUUGCCAUGCCGAGUGGAAAAUAAGGCAGGUCAAUUACAGUGGACGAAAGACGACUUCGGUCUUGGUUUACAUAGAGAACUCAGCGGUUACGACCGGUAUAAAAUGAUCGGAAGUGACGAAGAAGGGGAUUAUUCUUUAGAUAUUCGAGAUGUUACUUUAGAAGAUGACGCAAAAUAUCAGUGCCAAGUCAGCUCUGGUUCGAGAGGUGAGCCUGCAAUUAGGUCACGGUACGCCCGCCUAACAGUUCUAGUACCGCCAGAACCACCAAAAAUACUACAAGGGAAUUUCUACUCUACUAACGAAGACAGACUGAUUACAUUGGAAUGUGUGUCGGUCGGCGGAAAACCACCUGCGGAGAUCACGUGGGUGGACAGCAACGCUGGUGUCUUAACUCAGGGUGUUACUUAUACUGUGGAGCCUUUGUCUGACGGACAAAGAUUUACAGCCAGGUCUGUCAUUAAAAUGUCACCCAAAGAAGAGCAUCAUAACCAGACAUUCAUUUGUCAAGCACAAAAUACAGCAGACAGGGCUUACAGAGCUGCGAGUAUUCAAAUAGAGGUAAAAUACGCACCUAAAGUGAAGAUUGUUAUAAAUUCGGACAAACGAAUACCCGAAGGACAUGACGCUGUUAUACGUUGUCAAGCGGAAGCAAAUCCCAAUAACUUGACUUACAGAUGGAUUAUGAACGAAUCGAUUGUAGGAAAUACUUCAGUGCUGAAAAUUAACAACAUAACGAGAGCAUACAAUGGAGCCGUAUUAAAAUGCAUAGUUUUCAACGAAGUCGGAAAAAGCGAGGAAACUGAAGUACUUCAAAUCACUUAUCCUCCAUCAUUUCGCAAUCGCCCGAAAGACGUGGAUGCAGAAAUAGGAAAACAAGUUACAUUAAACUGUGAUGUAGAUGGAUACCCAGCUCCAGAGAUUAUAUGGAUGCAUUACGAAGAAGAUACUAAUAUUCGUGUGGGUAAAACACCAAAUUUAACACUAUUAGUGGAUACGCAUACAACUGGCCGAUAUAUGUGUAAAGCAAGUAUUGAAGGAUAUCCAGAAAUUGAGGCUGAAGCUUCAAUUUUUAUUAAAGGUCCUCCUAAAAUAAUUUCAAACCACACACAAUUCGGAUCUCAAGGUGACACAGUGAAUAUUGAAUGUGCUGCAUUCUCAGUUCCUAGAAUUGACUCUAUUGUGUGGACGUUCGAAGGAAAAGAAAUUGACUCAUUACACGAUCAGGAUUAUGCGUUCUUUGAAGAUCUACAGGAUGGUGGCAUUGUAAACUCAACGUUGAUCAUACGAGAUAGUCAAUCCAAACAUUUCGGUGUUUAUAAAUGCAAUGUCUCAAACGAUUAUGGAAGCGACACUUUACAAAUCGUUUUGAGGCCAAACAAAACAUUUCCGUUGUUGAUGAUUUUAUUCGGGGUGACGUCUGGGACAAUAAUGGUCGCGGCGGUGGUGAUGCUAGUAAUUUUAUGUCAAAGGAAACAAAGGAAGAACAAACAGACGCAAGUUACAGAGAAACCAGACGUUACGGUCACAACCGAGGAGCUUUUUAAAGAAAACGAUAGGACUUCGAACAUUAGUGAUCUAAAAUUGGAACUCAGACAAGCUAACGGCAGCUGUGAAAUUGAUUAUUCAAAUACGGGAUCAGACAGCACACUAUGCUCAAAUGCUAAAUUAGGCAGCGGUAUACCAUUAGCUGGUUCAGUUCCAUUGACGACGAUAAAUCAAAACUCCUACCAGCCAUAUAGAUAUAGUAAUGACUACACUGAUCCCGCAUAUGCUGAAUGUUAUAAGGUGAAUGGUUUUACGAACGGUUACCAGACUUAUGUUCAUUAUGGGCACGAUUAUACUCCUGGUUCGCUUCGGGUACAGUCACCGACAUUAGGCAGCGACAAACUGACCCCAAAUAGAUCCAUUAACGGCAGUCUACCAAGAAGCGUGGACACACCGUCUUCAGCUCAAUACAAUACAAGCAAUGGAUCUCAGAGCAAUUCCUUACAACGCUCUACGAAAAGGAACGAAAGUAACACGGCCUUGAAUAAUUUAGCCAACGACGGUCGUAUGCCAAAUGGUAUAAUUCAAGGGGUGGAUGUAAGAUAUGCGGCUACUUACGGUAAUCCUCAUCUUCGCACUGGUCUAACUGUUCACACAGCAAAGCCAGCGUCAACGCCAGCGCCACCCCCAUAUUCGUCAGUUAGAAACUCAGUGGUACUACCAUCAGGUCCAUCUUUGCAUUCUAUAACGUCACCCACAAGUCUUACAUCACCCCAAUGUGCCACAAGCCCUGUAACUAAUUCUACGAUGUCUACGGACAGCGCACAACCGGGCGUGACGACGUCUGCCACUCCUCAAUCGCCUAGCUCACAUUACAUACUCGCUCCUUCAAACCGAACCUUGGCCAAUACAAGCGUUACUAAGAAAGGUAACGCCCACCAAACGCCAUUAGCGACACACGUGUAG